AAACUGAGUAUGGAGAUUAAACCAUUGCAGGAACCAAAGACACGGUCAGAGACACUGACACCGUUUUUCAAUUCGUAGAGAGAAUUUUGUGGAGCUGCUAAAUUGGGAGAAGGGUUUUGUAUGAGAGAACUUACAGAAAACGAUGAGGCGUAUCUUCGACCGGAAUCGAGGAUGAUGGUAGAAAACAUGAACCGGAGGCGGGUAAAAUCGGCGGUUUUAGCAGAUGAUCGGUGAAGGUGAAGGUUGGCGAAUUGGGGAUCUGAGAUGAGGGAAUUUCAGGACUUGCACACGCACUUGAAUCGUAGGAGAGGUUUUCCUUUCCAAAACCCACACAGUCACUCUUCUCUUUCUUUCCGACGGCGACGACCACCGAGAAUCGAGAGGAUUAUUGCGGCGGCGGGUUCAUCGUUGAUGAUGCUUCCGCCGGUGGCAUCUCAUGGUCUUUCUCACUCUGAUCGCCCUACCCCUCUACUCCUCGCUCACAGUACCCCAGAAUCAAAACCCUAGAACACGCUGAUCGCUGCUUUCACUCGUCUCCGUGUUUCAAUCGAAUCAGAGGCUAAUGCUGGUGAAUCCCUUUCACCAUUCACUACCAAUCUCGCCUUUUCUUUCAUCUUCUUCGACCACCCCGCACGGGUUCAACCUUCAUCUCUUGUUUUCGUUCAUUUCGACGGUUCUUGACUUCCACCCUCAACUAACUUUCAAUCUCAACCCUAACAUUAGGGUUCUUGGUCCGAUUCCCACCCAAUUUUCACUGUGGGUUUCUUGAUUCAACAUGAAAGGAUCAAAAGAUUGGGAGCUUCAUUUCUGCUUGAUUUGAUUUUGUGAGACAUAGUAGAUGUUGGAGUGGAUGAAUUUGAAAUUCAAGAAAGGGCACUCAGUAUGUUAGAGAGUGAUUUUCUGUUUUGUUCUAAUUUACUAGAAGGCUAUAUUUAUUAAUUCUGUUUAUGUGGAGAGUUGGAGAGCGCUUGGAUCCUUGGAUAAUUUCUUCUAUGGUUAAUUUUAUUUUUGGCUUUUGUUUUCCUUAGCCAUCUUUUUAGCUGUUUUGUAUGAAAUGGAAGUAUGUCUGACCCGUGUUGAUGAAUAAAACCAUAUGAUGAAUAUGUCCCUUAAGUCUCGAGAAUGGUAAUUUCGAUUGCGGACUCGUGUUGCCUUUGUCACUGUCCCUUUUUCGGAUGAUGGUAAUUUGAGGGCUAAGCCUUCUUGGGUUGCCUAAAGGCUUCCCAUUUCUUAGUCUGCAAGUCCCUAAAACGAUAUGAUGAAUAUGUCCCUUAAGUCCCGAGAAUGGUAACGUGUUGCCUUUGUCACUGUCCCUUUUCCGGAUGAUGGUAAUUUGAGGGCUAAGCCUUCUUGGGGUGCCUAAAGGCUUCCCAUUUCUUAGUCUACAAGUCCCUAAAACGAUAUGAUGAAUAUGUCCCUUAAGUCCCGAGAAUGGUAAUUUCGAUUGCGGACCCGUGUUGCCUUUGUCACUGUCCCUUUUCGGAUGAUGGUAAUUUGAGGGCUAAGCCUUCUUGGGGUGCCUAAAGGCUUCCCCUUUCUGAGUUUGCAAGUCCCUAAAUAGAGAUGGUUAAUCCCGUUGGCUAAAAUAGUGGACCCUUGUUGCCUUUAUCUUUUGGGAUGAUGAUAAUUUGAGGGCUGAUCCUUCAUGAGGGAUCCAAACAAAUAAUAAAUGACAUUUAACAUUUGACGUAAAUCAUCAAUGUGAGUCCCUAAAAUGGUUAAUCAUGUGAUCGAUGACUUUAAAGUCACGAAAGUGCAUUAUGAUUAUGGACCCGUGUUGCCUUUCUCCCUGUCCCUGCUUUCUUUCUUUUCGGUUAAUGAUAUUUUUAGGGAUGAGCCUUCUUCUGGUGCAUAAAGGCUUCCCCUUUUGACAAACGAGUAAUUUGAGGGAUCCAAACCAACAUUUGGGGGAAAUAAUUGAUGCAAGUCUCUAAAACGAGACGGUUUUUAAAUCUUGAUAAUCAAUGGGACUUAACCAUUCGUGCUUUACGGUGGUGAUCGCGAUGAUCUUGUUGUGGGUGAUAUUGCUUCUGGAAAUUUUGGUUCAUGAGGGGAAAUUGACUGAUGGACUUGCUGCUUUGCUUAUAUUGUGGACCUUCUAUUUAUUGAGUUUCUUUUCUGCUGCGCCAUAAGGAAUGGAACUGUGACUUCAUAUUGGUGCUGAAAGUUUACAUUUUGAAGUUGUAACUUGGGGAGUAGUGACUUAUUUUAUGACCCAUCAUGGAGAUACAGACUUCUGGCAGGCCAAUUGGGUCCUUGCUAGAGAAAGUCCUUUGUAUGAUUAUUCUGUCAUCCGAUUACUUCAAGGAGCUCUAUCGCUUAAAAACAUACCAUGAAGUUAUUGAUGAGAUCUACAAUCAAGUUGAUCACGUGGAACCAUGGAUGACGGGGAAUUGUCGUGGUCCUUCAACUUCUUUCUGUCUUCUUUACAAGUUCUUUACAAUGAAGCUCACUGUCAAACAAAUGCACGGGCUAUUGAAACACCCUGAUUCUCCUUACAUAAGAGCGAUACCGAAAAAUGUGUAAAUGGCCAGAGAAGUUCCCCAUCAAGGAGGAGGAUUUCCAGCGAUAUGAUGAGGAUUUUCUGACUGUUGAGCAUCUCCUGGAUCAUACAUAAAUAACAGCGUGCUAUAUGUUGUAAUAGAAUUUCGUGCGCUGCCGCCAAUCUAGUGAAGCAGUAUAGCCGAAGAGUUAAGGCUCCUUUGGGAUUUGGGGCUGCUUCAUUCUUGUCUCAGUCUAUGAACAUGUCUGGUGCUGUGGGUGGCAAGUCCUUCAUUGCUUCUGCAAGGAUAACGGGUGGUCCCUCUGUGGAUGAGAUACUUAAAAAUGUGGAAUGGCCAGGGCAGUUCCCCUUCAAGGAGGAGGAUUUUCAGCGAUAUCAUGAGUAAGUUGAUUGAAGAAUUAUGAUUACAUUUCCCCCUCAAAGCAAUUAACUUGCUUUAAUAUCCGCAGUGUGUUGUAAAUUUGUUUGUGCAAAAUAGGAAGCUUCUGACGGAUGAACAACUCCUGUAUCAUACAUAAAGGACAACUAACCCUGUUCGUAAUUGAAUUUUGUGCACAUUAUGGAAUCUUGACCUAGCAAUUUAUGGAUUAUGCAGUACAAUUCCUUGUUACUGGGAAGACAUGUUGGCAUGCGUUUUAUCUUCAAAAUUUAUUUCCUUAAGGAAGUUAUGAUUCUGAACUAAACAGAUCUUUCUAUUUCCUUUAUCUGUAUAUGAUCGUUAUCAAUUACUAAAGUUACUAUCAACUAUAAUGGGUUUACAAUCUCUGUUAUAUCAAUAUUGUAGAAUUUAGGUAAUGAAGCAUGAGUUAAAUGUGAAAGAUAACUACUUUCUAUUAAUAUGUGGAAUUAUGUCCCCGAAGGUUAGCUCAAGUGGUAAGAGCUAGGGGACAUAAGGGUUUGGGAGGGUGAAGGGUCCAGGGUUCGAACCCUGAGGAUGACUAAUUUACUAACAUUACUAACAACUGACAUUUGCCUAUAAAAAAAAGUAUGUGGAAUUAUGUUAUUGAAGCUAAUGUUUUGCUUUUGUUCAUGUCCUUACUUUUUAUACUUUCGGAUAAUGGUAAUUUGAGUGUUGAGCUUUCUUGGGGUGCCUAAAAGCUUUCCGUUUUUUGAGUAUGCAAGUGCCUAAAACGAGAUAGUUAAUCAAGUGAACGAUGACCCUAAAGUCGCGAGAAUGUUAAUUUCAAUUGUGGACCCUUGUUUCCUUUGUUUUUGUCCCUGUGUGUUUAUACUUUCGGAUGAUGGUAAUUUGAGGGUUGAGCCUUCUUGGGGUGCCUAAAGGCUUCCCCUUUUUGAGUAUGCAAGGCCCUAAAAUGAGACGGUUAAUCAUGUGAACGAUGAUCUAAAGUCGCGAGAAUGCUAAUUUCGAUUAUGGGCCCUUGUUGCCUUUGUCCCGGUCUCUGCUUUUUAUCAUUUCGGAUGAUGAUGGGAAUUUGAGGGAUGGGCCUUCUUGGGGUGCCUAUAGGCUUCCCCUUUUGAGGAUGCAAGUCACUAAAACUAGUCAGUUAAUCAUGUAAACGAGACAGUUGAUCAUCCUGGAGCAAAAGGAUGAUACACCACCAGCAUCUGUGUGCUCUCUGAGUCCUCUCACCAGUUCUGGGUUUGGGCAUUGGGGGUACUUGGCUAUUUUUGUUCCCAUUGCAGGACCAUCACUUCCAGAAAAUGCUUUCUUGAUGUAAUCCUUCUCCAAACCAAGGUUUUCACUCAUGAGCCCAGAUAAGUCCUCUGCCAGUUGAAUGAGUUUUUCAAUGUACUGUUCCAUUGUUUGCCUACAUGCAUUUACAUAUCCUUGUAUCAGGUUAUGUGCAUCUUAAGAUUGAGAAUUGUGCAUUCCACUAUGUUUGUGUGUUUGUUUGAGAGAAAGAGAUAGAGAUUUUGAGUUGACUAACCGAAGCUCCUCAGAGGUUUGAAAUCUGCUUGAUGUUAGAGGUAGGACGAUGCCAAAUGAAGAAAGCACUUCCCCAAUCUAUAUCAGAAGCAUUCUGUUUUUUCUCCAAGCUCUUUGCUUUCUCAGACUCGUAGAAGCUUUGCUUCAGGUUUUCCUCAUAGUGAGUGUUAAUCAGCUGCUUCACCUUCUCCAUCAGGGGCUGUGGCAAAGACUGAGGUAACACUCAAAGCAAAACGGAGAAAGGGAAGGUGGAGCUAAUCAACCAGUGGGCGGUUUUGGCUGGAUACUAUUGUAAGUUGUAACAUGCUGAAUCAGUCCCUAAGCCUAACCGGUGAGACAUAAAAUUGGAGGGUAAUUCAUUAUUCAAUAUUCAUUAGUUUAUACCAACCGCACACUAUAUGUGAAUGUCCUAGAAACUAGAAACCAGGUUUUCAUAUUUCAAUUCACAGAAGAAUUCAAUGUUCUGUUUUCAGAUUUUCCUAAUUGUAUGCUACCAACAAUUCAUAGUUCCAAACAAACGCUGUUGAUUCUGUAAUCUAGCAAGUUACAAAGAUGAUUUAUGGACAUUUUUCAGUGUUGUUGGCAUCCGAUUGAUUCGAAGCCUGAUUCAAUUUGAAAAAUAAUUCGUACACAGUUUAAUUACAGCUCCACCUAAUAAGAUAUAAUAGUAGAAGAGAGAAAAUGUGUGAUAUAAACAGAUAAUGUGAUAGGAAAAGAAGAAUGAGAAAGAGAAAGAAAAUGUAAAUGAGAUGUAAGAGAUAGUUGGUUGGGGCUGUCAACGGACCAUCAUUUUCUGCAGCAUGAUGUUCCAGAUGUGAGGGGUAAGGGUAGGAAGGCUGUCUCAGCAAUAUGGAUUGCCACCAUUGGAGCUAUUUGGAAUCUGAGAAAUGGGGUGCUGUUUAGGGGAGAAUCAGUGGACAUUGAGAGGGUAGUUGAUGGAAUUCAUUCAGAGUUUGGCUUGGGAUCAAAGCCAACGACCCAUCCUUUGGAGUUUCAACUUUUGAAUGGAUUGGGAAUCCACGGGUUUGCUUGGAAAUGUUGUAAACCGUGCAGAUUUUGCCUUAGUUUUUUAUGGAAUCUCGUGCAACAAUGCUGGGUGUGUGAUAUUGGUUACUUAGUUAGUUGUGCUGGUAUUGUAAUGUUUUUGUGCUUUGCUUUUACUUGGGUAUCUGAUAAAUUGGUUGCAGAUAUGGUUUUAAGUAACCAUUUGAAGGAUUGCAUUAGGGGUGGCGUUUUGGCAAUGUGAAUUUGAGUUGCAGGCUUGGUGUCAUGAUGGGUCCACUUCAUUACAGAUGGCAUUAUUUCUCAAUGUGCUUUUUUCUUAUUGAAGGCUUUUGGAUGUUGAAGUUUCUGGGCAGAUUUGGACUGGGUAGUGGAACAUUGGAUUUUUGGCCUCUAGUCUCUUAGUUCUGUCUUCUAAUUCUCCUUGGAGGGUAACUCUAGAUUUUAGAAAAAAUUGUACUCUUUUUUCCUUUACCGGGUUUUCCUAAGGGUUUUUUUUUAUCCUGAUAAAGUUUUAAUGAGACUUAUUUUUUAGAA